AUGAACACAACAGCAAAUGGAUCAAGUUCCUGGAGCUGCUCCAGUCUGAUAAAUCAAGAAGCACGAAAAGUUGGAGCAACAGUUGCUUAUAGUUUAAUCCUCGUAGUCUCGCUUGUUGGAAAUCCUCUCAUCGUAUUAAUUGUUUACAAAACACCAACUUUGAGAAAACCGAUAAAUAUGUUGAUCGCAAAUAUGGCCAUGUCCGACCUGCUCUAUCCAAUGUUCCUGUCCCCUGUUGAGCUGGCAAAGUCGCACGUUGGUUCGUGGCUUAUCGGUAGUACCCUUGGUGAGGCCUUAUGUAAGAUGCAUUCUUUUCUUGCAGGCGUUUCCAUGUUGGUGUCGGUUCAAAGUCUGGUUCUACUGACAGUGGAUCGAUUUAGAGCUGUUGUACUUCCACUUCGUCUCCGCCUCAUCAGUCAUCAUGUCUCUAUUUGA